AUGUUUCUAUCCGAUGAAGUGGUCUUUAAAGCGUUCGAUUCGUUGUGCCAGUCACUCCGCGCUUUCUAUAUCAUUGUCGACGGACUAGAAGAAUACCCAUACAUGCACCGGAAGAGGUUGUUAGACUUCAUUUCGAGGCUUCAGGCCGAGCGCUCGUCGAAGAUCAAGAUGUAUGUGACAUUCAGGCCGAUGGACGAUUUCGCUACACGAUUUCAGAACUGCAAGAGCUCCGCGGUACUGGCGCAUGAUGACGACAUCAAACAGUUCAUCGACAACAAGAUCAAUGCUUCACCAAGGCUUCUUGAAUACGAGCGUGCCGAUCCGGCACUUCGUGAGACGAUCAAGUCCGCUGUUCUCAAGGUUAGCGACAAGAUGUUUUUCAUUGCUUGGGCUCACAUGAAACGCCUUGCCGAUGAAAGCACACUUGGAGGCCUGGAGCAAACACUUUCCGAUCUCCCCAGUAUGACGAUAGACGACUUUUACCGCGACGAGUUGAUCAAUUUGCGAACCUCUGGCAGUCAUGAUAACUGGAAGAGAAGACAGAUAGGCCUCAAGAUCCUCGGCUUGGUAUACUUCUCAAGGCAGCGUUUGAGUUUGAAAGCGCUCCAGUAUGCCACCGCGCUGAAUAUCGACGCCACGAGCCCGCCCCUGGACAGAGACUUUAUGAGUCCGACGGAUAUCAAGGGAUAUACUCGUCUUCUUGUGUCAGUGCAUGAAGAGUCUGGAUAUGUCUCUUCAUCUCAUCAGACUGCUCGCACGUACUUCGACCGCGUUCAAUGGUGCGAUUUCCCGGAGGCAGCGCAGGAUAUAAUUUCUGUAUGCGCGAAGCAUCUGUCAUUUCUCGGCACGGAGGUCUUUCCAACCAUCGCUGAAUUCGCCGAACACCCCUUUACAAGCUUUGCUCUGGCGGUUCUUGGGGACCAAAUUCGACUCGUUGAGGAUCAACCCAACGUUACCUUUCACGCGGACCAAGUCACUUUAUCGGUGCCGAUGGGGCUAGAGCUCCGUAACAUGUCAUCAAUACACCACGAGUUUCAGCAGCCUGCAAGGUCUGGUUCAACUUUGCGGAAUCUCGAAUCGUGUGUUAUGAGCCCUGAUCUUCGACAGCUCCUUGUGGCCGCCGCGAAUAACCCGCUGGUACGCGAGUUAUUCUUCCGCGAAUCGAAAUAUGCGAAAACGCUGAAUUACGAUACCGCACCUACGAAUACAGGUCCGCUAGCGUUUGGUGCACUCCUGGGAUCGCAAUUUGUAGUCAGUGCCUUGCUUACGUUCGAUGCUCACAUCGACUACGCAAAUAGUAAGGGCGACACUGCGCUGACGAUAGCGAUGAAACUGGGAUGUGCAGAAGUGGUAAAUACCCUACUGCAGCACGGUGCAGCCUUUGACUGCAAAUCUCCAGCAGGCUGGGAGGUACUACUCCACACCAUGACUCAGCCCGCCGGAACCGAUCGCAACUACGCAUGUAUCGCAGAGAAAGCGCUAAACGAUGCCGUAGCAGAAGCCAAGAAAAAGCUAUUCUCAAAGAAGGCAAAAGGGGUUCUGCUCCUCAAAAGCGCAUACGACGGUCACUUCGAACAUUUCGCGAGCGCGUUAUCGAGAUGUGCCAAGAUCGGAGUCCAUCCCGAUUUGUUCAUCACUGCUUUCUUGGUAGCAGUGGAACGAAAGCGGCUCACAGGGGAUUCAUCCCUCGUCAGUGGAGCAGCCCAGGGCGUUUCCGUGUCCGGAAACGAGCACGACAGAAUCAUCGAACGACUCUUGGAACACGGUGUAGAUGUCAACAGGUACGAUGGAGCGGGAAAUACCGCCUUACAUCGGGCCGCACGCUGGAACAGCAUACAUCUGGUACAGUAUCUGCUCGACCAUGGAGCGGAUCCCGGUAUCAAGAACAAAGCUGGCCGUACACCGUGGCACACUAUAUGCGACAAGCCGACACAUCAAGAUAUCGGCGAUUUACUUAUUCGUCGCGGAGGAGAUCCAGAUACACGUGAUCACGACGGCGUGUCUGGUCUUUACACUGCUGCUGCUGGUGGACACAUCGAAUCCAUGUUGACCAUACUCGCCGCUGGUACAACACCAGGAAUUCCGACACCGUAUGGUUGGACGCCUCUUGUAAGUAAAAACAUUCAAUUCGUUUGCUCGCACGACUAA